AUGUUCAAAAAUUUCAAAGAAAAAAGUGGGGGAUUCUUCGAAUCCAAGCAAUCCAAUGCUUCGGAAAGCGAUCGCGGUCAAGAUCUAUCAUCGAUCUUGGACCGGUCGCAGCGUGCUGACUUAACUGUCCUUGUCGGUGAGGUAGCUGAGUCAAUGCGGGUUCGUAUUUUGGAGCUUUAUGAGCAUACAAAUCCAAAGGAUGACUCUCCCAAUCGCUCCAGUCCACAUCCAUCUCCGAAGGCAGACCGCGAUGAAGACACGCCACCCUUGCCCCCAAGACUGCAAGGUAACGGGGGUUCGAAAAAUGGCGGCAGUCCGCGGCAGGGCUCUAAUGGCAAGCCGUCGAGCCCUCAAGUAAAAGUCACUGCGCUCUCCGCUUUCGAGGAAUGGAGGGAUUCUGUCCUUUUGCGGGUUGGCACGGUCGUCAAUAAAGAUGAUGACGAGGGGAAAAAGGAAGGCAAAGAAGACCUGCAGAACGCUGCCAAGUCUGAUGAUCUUCCACUGGAUGAGGAUAAAGAUAGAAUGGCCAAAUUACAAGAAAUAUACCACCCCGUGGAAACACCCUUGGCUGAACUUCCUAAAGCAACAAGAUUGCUUAUUCUUCACUCGCUUCUCCUUUUAAUGCUCAGCCUAGAGCACUACAGUGCUUACUCAAGAGUCUUGAUGUUGAAUGUCGCAUCCAGUUUGAACAUAGAUAUCAACACGCUCAAUCAAGACGAAGUUAGUGUCGCCCGCGGAUUGCUACAGACAGCUUUGGCGCUCUCGGCAGACCAAGAUACCAAAGAACAACCGAAGAAAAAGGAUGACAUGAGGAAAUGGAAAGUUGGCAUUGCAUCUGUGGCUGGAGCCGCUUUGAUUGGCCUCACUGGCGGACUCGCAGCUCCAUUGGUAGCGGCGGGCCUGGGAACUGUGAUGGGCGGAUUGGGCCUUGGCGCUACCGCUGCUGCUGGACUCUUGGGCACUUUGGCCGGAAGUGGCGUCGUUGUCGGUGGUCUGUUUGGCGCUUAUGGCGGGCGUAUGACUGGUCGCAUGAUGGAGAAGUACGCCCGUGAAGUGGACGACUUUGCAUUCAUACCGAUCCGAGGAGAACGCCGCCGAAAUGUGGAAGGUAAGGAGUCUGCUGAGCAAGAUCAUCGUUUACGAGUGACCAUUGGUGUCACCGGCUGGGUUAAGGAGGAGUCGAACUUCGUGGUCCCAUGGCGGGUGAUUGGUGCCGACUCUGAAGUGUUCGGUCUUCGCUGGGAGAUGGAACCUUUGAUGAACUUGGGCAACGCGAUCUCAGCUCUUGUGACUAGCGCAGCAUGGUCGGUUGCCGGGCGUGAGGUCUUGGCUCGUACUGUCUUCCAAACUCUCAUGAGCGCGGUGAUGCUUCCCCUAGGUCUCAUGAAAGUCGCUGGCGUCGUCGACAACCCGUUCAGCGUGGCCAAAGCCCGCGCUGACAAAGCGGGUGAGGUUCUCGCUGAUGCCCUGAUCAACAAAGCACAGGGAGAACGACCCGUGACCCUGAUGGGUUAUUCUCUUGGGUCUCGGCUGAUUUUCUCCUGCCUCCAAAGUCUGGAAAGGAGAAAUGCUUACGGCCUGGUCGAGUCGGUCAUUUUGAUGGGGUCACCCACCCCUUCGGACACGGAGGACUGGCAAAAGAUUCGCAGUGUCGUAAGCGGACGUGUUGUGAACGUGUUCUCUGAGAAUGACUCUGUACUCGCUUUCCUCUACCGAACAAGCAGCCUUCAACUCGGUGUCGCUGGAUUGCAGCCAGUUGAAGGUGUUCCAGGUGUUGAGAACCUGAACGUAAGCGAAAUGAUCAGCGGCCACCUGAGGUACCAGUUUCUGCUUGGCAGGGUUCUUACCCUUACUGGGCUUCAGGACCUUGAUCCCAGUGAGAUUGAACGCGAAGAAGCUGCUCUUGCCGAUGAGGACAAGCGGCAAGAGAAGGAGCGGUUGGAGAAUGAGCGUGAGGCCGGUGUUAAAGACCGAAAAUCAUCUGCUGCCCGUGAUACGCUGAAUAGGCAGGAUGGCUUUGAGGAAGAUGAACGGUUGCAGAAGAAGAUCGAGGCGCAGACUCAGGAGAACAUGGCCCACCGGAUUGAAAUGCUUGAUAUGGACGAUAAUGAUUAUUCGGCGCCUUUGAAGGAAGAUCCCUCGAAGCAUUCUGCCCUCUAA